AUGGGACUCUUAGCCCUUGGAACAGCGCUGGAAUGGCCCGACGCCAAGCAGAAGGCGGGCCAGGUCCGCGAGUGGGGUAUCGAGCAAUUGCUUGCCAAUUGGCGCAAGGCUCGAGGUAAAGAGCGUGAUGCGCUGCUAUGGGGCGACGAGGUUGAAUACCUCGUGGUAGCCCUCGACGAUGCGGCAAAGAAGUCUCGUCUAUCUCUCGCUCAGGCCGAGAUCCUGAAAUCGCUAGCAAGAGACGAAGCAUUGUGGAAGUCCGGAUCUGGGGACAAUAAGAAGCACGCGGAUCACGACGGAGAGGAACCACCUCAUUUCCAUCCCGAAUUUGGCCGCUUCAUGCUGGAGGCAACGCCGGGACAGCCGUGGGGAAUUGGGUUCAAAGACCUGCUGAAGGUGGAGUCAAAUAUGAAGUGGAGACGCGAAGUAGCAAAGGCGCACAUGGCUCCGAACGAAGUUCCCAUUACCUUGACGACCUUCCCCCGCCUGGGGACUAAGGAUGAUUACAUACAGCCAUACUACCCUCCAUCUGGACCAGCUCUUCGCUCUCAAUUUGUUCCCGAUGAGAUUGCUAACCCCCACAUCCGAUUCCCCACGUUGGCAGCCAACAUUCGAUCACGGAGAGGGCGUAAAGUCGAACUUAAUGUCCCUGUUUUCCAUGACACAAACACCCCUCGACCUUUCAAGGAUCCAACUGUGAACUACGACCUCCACAACUGGCCUGAGGACGACGAUGUUCGUAAUGGCGCUGCCAAGGAUGACCAUGUUUACAUGGACGCUAUGGCAUUUGGAAUGGGUAGUUGUUGUUUACAAAUCACUUUCCAAGCAAAGAAUAUGACAGAGGGCAGGAGGCUCUAUGACCAAUUGAGUCCACUGGGCCCCAUCCUUUUGGCUUUAACUGCUGCCACGCCCAUCUAUAAGGGUUUCUUGGUGGACACAGAUGUGCGAUGGAACCAAAUUGGAAAUGCAGUGGAUGAUCGGACCCGGGAAGAGCUGGGCGAAGCUGUGAGUACAUGCGAGUCUCGCUUCUCAGAUAGCCGAACUAAUGUAUCACAGCCCCUCCAAAACGACCGAUGGAGAAUCCCCAAGUCUCGAUACGCCUCAAACUCGACCUAUAUCUCUCAGGAUCCUCGUCUUCGAAAAGAGUACUUUGAUCCCGAUCUAGUCGUCGAUGAGAGUAUCAAGAAACGCCUCAUGGACGGGGGAAUGGAUGAUCUCCUAGCCACCCACUUCGCACAUCUGUUCAUUCGUGACCCAUUGGUGAUCUUCUCCGAGGACCUCGAGGAGCUAGAUCUCAAUAAGAGUGAUCACUUUGAGAAUUUACAAUCUACUAAUUGGCAGCAUAUGCGCUUCAAGCCACCUCCACCUGACAAGGACGACAUUGGCUGGAGAGUCGAGUUCCGCUCCAUGGAAAUCCAGAUCACGGACUUCGAGAACGCAGCAUUCAGCAUUUUCAUUGUACUGAUCACACGUGCUAUCCUGAGUUUCGAUCUCAACUUCUACAUUCCGAUUCAACGCACCACGGAGAACAUGGAAACGGCACAUGCACGUGAUGCUGUAAAUGAUCGCCGAUUCUGGUUCCGCAAGGACCCAUUCGCCAGCAUAGUCCCCAGAAGCGCGCAGCAAUCGACCAACGGCAGCACCCUCUCUUCGGGAACCUCAUCGGCCGUCAACACCCCUCCCCCGUCACCACCUCUGGGACCGGUGGAAACAGAGUUCGAUCUGAUGACCAUUGACGACAUUGUCAAUGGAUGUGCGGAUGGAUCGUUCCCGGGUCUGAUUCCCCUUGUGGAAUCAUACCUCAACAGCGUCAACGUAGAUGUUGAGACAAGGUGUUUCUUGGCCAGUUAUCUUGACCUGAUCCGGAAGCGAGCCAACGGAACUCUCUGGACCGGCGCUCGAUGGAUGCGUGAAUUUGUGGCGAAGCAUCCUAGCUAUAAGCAGGACAGUGUUGUAUCCGAGGAGAUCACAUACGACUUGGUUAAGGCCGUUGAGGAAAUGACUAUCAAGGAGGGCAAAAAUGGAUCGGUCGGGUGGGAACUUCUUCGAGGCCGGAAGUAG